AUGGAUGACGACGAAUGUAUAGAUGACUUUGAAUAUGACGGUGAAAUAGAUAAUGUAUCAGUCGGUGAUUGUAUGGACUCGAAUUCAUUGUUCUUGCAUCACAUUGAAUGGGUACGAAAUCAAAGGAAAAAACAUUUUGAAUUGCCUGAAACUGUCAGUGUUAUUGAGUGUGAAAAUCAGUGCAAAGUGUAUCUGAUCGGAACUGCACAUUUCAGUGAAGAAAGUAUUGCUGACGUCAAAAAGGUUAUGGAACAGGUACAUCCUGAUAUUGUUAUGCUGGAACUCUGUCCAAAUCGGAGUCAUACUUUGACAAUGAACGAAGAAAAUAUUAAAAAGCAACUUAAAGACAUUAGUAUUGCAUCGAUCAUUCGAAAGCAUGGUGUCAGUUCAGGUGUUUUGCAUUAUCUCUUGCUUCGAUUAAGUGGCUAUUUGGUUGAUACUCUUGGAAUGGCACCUGGUGGAGAGUUCAGAGCUGCCGCUAAAGAGGCGAUGAAGCAGCCUCACUGUCACGUUGUUCUAGGAGACCGUCCUGUAAACAUUACACUUUAUAGAGCUUUGGAGACUUUGGGUCCGUGGACUAAGCUCAAGUUUUUUAUUGCUCUUCUAUUCAGUUUCCAACCUGUUACGAAAGAGCAAAUUGAGGAGAUGAAGAAAACAGAUUUUCUGGAAAAACUGUUAGUUUCCAUGGCUGGUGAACACCCAGAAUUAACAAGGAUAUUAUUAGAUGAACGAGAUCAAUAUCUAGCUCGUUCCAUCUGGGAGGCUACUGGCAUGGAAGAAUAUUUGAAAGCACAAGCAAUAAAGACGAAUUUUACUUCUGAGAUACAUAUUUCAUCAAAUAUUGAAGAGUCUGUGGUGCAACAUCGUAAAAAUAUUGAUCACUCUAAUGACUGUCCCCUGGAUGGAAUCGCUAACAGUUCUGAACAAGAUAAUCUCCUUAAUAACCCCUCUUCUCUGCAUCUGAGUUGUUGUUCACACUGGCCACCGACCAAUAUAUUGCCAAGAGUUGUUGUCGCUGUUGUUGGAAUAGGUCAUGUGGCUGGAAUCCGCAAAGUCUGGUCAACAGUAAACACAAUCAAAAAACAUGAAUUAUGUGUACUACUUGAACCUCCUCUUUCCUGGCGCAUAUUUAAGUGGUCGUUGCGAGGCGUUUUGAUUUCUUUAGUUGCUGGAGUUGUUUAUGGUGCGUAUCGGUGUUCAUUUAUUUUUGGUUCUUUUGUUUAUAAUAGACUUUUGUAA